CUUUUUCCGCGCCGGGACUGGCUAGGGAGCUGCCGCCGCCGCUGGCACCAAGGGCUCUGUCUCCUGGCAGCGGCCGGCUCCUCUCGCAGCCCUCGGAAAGUUGGGUCGGACUUGAACCCCUAAAAGCGGGACCGCCUCCCGCCCUAGCGCCCGCCCUGAGCUGAGUCGCCGGCGACGGUGGUGGCUGACGGACCAGGAGUUUCCUUUCGCACUGGAUGGAGCUGAACUUUGGGAGGCCAGAGGAACGCGACCGUCAGGGGAUCGCUGCAUGCUGAGCUCCCUCGGCGAGACCCAGCGGCGGCUCGGGAUUUUUGGGGGGCGGGGACCAUUGAGCGCCGACAACCAUGUUCCUGGCGACCCUAUACUUCGCGCUGCCUCUCCUGGAUUUGCUCCUGUCAGCCGAGGUGAGCGGUGGGGACCGCCUGGACUGCGUGAAAGCCAGCGAUCAGUGCCUGAAGGAGCAGAGCUGCAGUACCAAGUACCGCACGCUGAGGCAGUGCGUGGCGGGCAAGGAGACCAACUUCAGCCUGGCAUCGGGCCUCGAGGCUAAGGAUGAGUGCCGCAGCGCCAUGGAGGCCCUGAAACAGAAGUCACUCUACAACUGCCGAUGCAAACGGGGCAUGAAGAAGGAGAAGAAUUGCCUGCGGAUCUAUUGGAGCAUGUACCAAAGCCUGCAGGGAAAUGAUCUGCUUGAAGAUUCCCCGUAUGAACCUGUUAACAGCAGAUUGUCAGAUAUAUUCCGGGUGGUCCCAUUCAUAUCAGGACAUCAUCUCAGGAUGAGCAAGACAAGCUUGGACAUACCACCUGUGAAAGAUGUUUUCCAGCAAGUGGAGCACAUUCCCAAAGGGAACAACUGCCUAGACGCAGCCAAGGCCUGCAACCUGGAUGACACCUGCAAGAAGUACAGAUCUGCAUACAUCACCCCAUGCACCACCAGCAUGUCCAACGAAGUCUGCAACCGCCGCAAGUGCCACAAGGCCCUCCGGCAGUUCUUCGAUAAGGUCCCAGCCAAGCACAGCUACGGGAUGCUCUUCUGUUCCUGCCGGGACAUCGCCUGCACCGAGCGGCGGCGACAGACCAUUGUGCCUGUGUGCUCCUAUGAAGAGCGGGAGAAGCCCAACUGCUUGAAUUUGCAGGACUCCUGCAAAACGAAUUACAUCUGCAGAUCUCGCCUUGCAGAUUUUUUUACCAACUGCCAGCCAGAGUCAAGGUCUGUCAGCAGCUGCCUAAAGGAGAACUACGCAGACUGCCUCCUGGCCUACUCAGGGCUGAUUGGCACAGUCAUGACCCCCAACUACAUAGACUCCAACAGCCUCAGCGUGGCCCCUUGGUGUGACUGCAUUAACAGUGGCAAUGACUUGGAAGAGUGCUUGAAAUUUCUGAAUUUCUUCAAGGACAAUACUUGUCUUAAAAAUGCAAUUCAAGCCUUUGGCAAUGGCUCCGAUGUGACUGUGUGGCAGCCAGCCUUCCCAGUACAGACCACCACUGCCACUACCACCACAGCCUUCCGGGUCAAGAACAAGCACCUGGGGCCAGCGGGGUCUGAGAAUGAGAUCCCCACACAUGUUUUACCACCUUGUGCAAAUUUACAGGCACAGAAACUGAAAUCCAAUGUGUCGGGCAGUACACAUCUCUGUCUUUCUGAUCGUGAUUACGAAAAGGAUGGUCUCGCUGGUGCUUCCAGCCACAUAACCACAAAGUCAAUGGCUGUUCCUCCAAGCUGCGGUUUGAGUCCACUGCUGGUUCUGGUGGUAACCACUCUGUCCACCCUGUUAUCUUUAUCUUUGGCAGAAACAUCGUAGCUGCGUUCCAAACACAAUAUGGACAUGUAAAAAGACAAAACCCAAGUAAUCUGUUUCCUGUCCUCUUGUAUAUUUGAAAAUCCAGUUUUAGGAGCUCAGUUGAGAAACAGUUUCAUCCAACUGGAACUUUUUUCAUUUCUAAGAAAGCUUUUUGUGAUCCUUAGGGGCUUCUGUGGAAAACCUAAUGCAGGUCUACAUUCCAGACUCAAAAGGCUUUGGGGCACGCUGUAUUUUAGGGGACAACUUGUAAAUUUGAGUGUAAAGCAUACUGGGGCCAUGUUUUUGAUGAUGAUGUGAUGAGAAGGGGUUUAAGGGUUUUACCUCUGGCCUUUACUCGUGAGAGGACUUGGUGUUUGUAAAGAUGCUUCCAUAUCUCAUGUAAUAGCUUCGAUUUGUAAUGAUAGAAACUAUAAUCUAAAAUGGAUGAUAAGCUUUUUUGCCACAAAGUCAAAGUUCCUGUGGGCUUUGUGGGAAAAAACAAAACAAAACUUGUGCUGAUGGUUGCCUUUCUCUAUGAGUUUUCCACACUAACCUUAAUAAACUGUAAACAGUUCUCUGCUGUCCUACAAAACAACAACAAAAACACAUGUCACAUACAAAUGUAAUAUCUGUCUUUUAAAUAGAGAGGGAGAGUGGGUAUGGAACUUCUCAGUACCUGGUUCAUUGAUUGACACUCUCUUAAGCCUUACUUGAGUGAGAAGCCCGUAACCUAACAAGAGUCAAAUAUAGCCGAUGUGUCACUCUAAUGUUCUUUACACUUAUGAGGUUAUAUGCAGGAAAAAAUUUUACUACUCAAUGAUUUCAACUAUUGGCUUUCUAUAUUUUGCAAGUAAUGAUACUGUCUUCAUUUUUUUACUGAUUUAAUACAAAAUCUGUGAAGCUCGUUUUCCUCUCGUAAGUAGUGUUCGCUCCAGUAUUAACUUCACAAAUACAGCUCUUCAAACGUAGAUCCCAAGGAGCCUCGUGCAUAAGCAGAAAACUCUGCGUCACUUUCCUGUGGCUGGGCAGGAGGAAACAGAGCAGCCAGGUGUUGUCUUUUAUCAUAUCUUGGAAAUGCAAGCGUGCAUACAUGUGAGGGACUGGCAGCCACUUGUAGAUGUUCUGCAGUGUAAUGGCACCCUUCCCAGUUGACACAACCCAAUACCUUGGUUUUCAUAUUAUCUGACAAAGAUAGCUUUGAUGGGGACAGGGGACAGGGAUGUGCUAUCCCUCUUUCAAAGUUGAUUCCCACCAGGUACACAGUUGUUUUCUUAAGGAGUGUGUUUACUCCCAACUGAGCUGUAUUAGAUACUGUUUAGAGCAGUUUGAUCUGAAGGUGAAGAGUAUGCCUGCUUCUUGCUCUGUGCCCUUCAUGGCAUACUGUGACUGACUGGCUGAAAAGAAAAAAGCUUGUGGAUUAAGAGGGUCGGCAUGAGGUCUGGGGAGGUGAGUUGGUUGGCACAGAUACACAGAAGAGGAUGGGACUUUCACAAUAAGCCACUGCACAUUAUCUUCCUUUGUUCUCAUCCAAGUAGACUGUAAAAUGCACUUGUGAGGUCUGGUUUAGAUUGUGAGAUUCGAGAACUACAGUGAUCACAUGCUAUUGGCAGUGUUUCUAACUGAAUAAAGACGGGGAGUUUCUCCCUCCUCGGGGUGCUGGGAGCGUGAGCCUCUUCCCACACUGCAGAAGGCUGGAGGGGGAAACCCCUGGUGCACAUUCCAUAUGUAUCCCCUUUGCCCACUGAGGUUUGCCUUGGAAGAUCAAAUGGGACCACUGGGGAAGAGGGACGAGUCUGUGACAUCCAAGUGAAAGAACCAGUCUUUUAGCUCUUUUGGUGUUUGAAGUACAUUUAUAUCCAAAUGUUAAUAAAUACAAAUGUAAAAUACUCAGUACCAACAUUUUCACUGCAAAAUGUUUUAAUGGGAAAUGCAUCA